AUGCAUGUAGAGAUAGUUAAAGGGAAAAGAGUGUUUGCAGUCAAUUUAUUGUUUUUGUUAUCAUCUAUAGCCGAGGUAAUGUGCAUAAAACCAACUGAUAUUCCCGAAAAGAAAAUUACAGAAAGUAAGCAGAUUACUGAUGAAAGGCAUUUAGAUAUAGCAUCCAGAAGGAACAAUGAAUUCCUUCUAUAUGCAGGCUGCUCGUUAGGACAAACUGAGCUGUUUCUAUCAACAGAAGCUAGUUUGAUGAAAAAAAACUUGUUCUGCAUAGCUGCAGAGUUUAUUGUUACGUUCGGGCUAUUUUCUACAUGCAUUGUUGAUAUAUUCUUUAAAAGAAAUGGGAGGGAGUAUACAGACACACUUUUUAUUAAAGAGAAGUGA